AUGAGCUUGUCAGAAUCUCACCGCCAAAAUCCGCUAAACCUAAUUCUCCCCGCUAGUGGUUCUCCGGAAAAGUCGAAUAUUAUCGGUGAUGCGCUUGCUAAUGACGUUGAUCUGCAAACGGGAACAAAUGUUUCGAGUUUUGCCAAUCAUCAGACACUUCAAAAUUCUACAUUCGACAGUCAGCCGCCACCAGUGCAAUCGUUGAAAGUUGGUAAAUGCUCAGCUGACAUAAUAUACGAAGGAGGGCUAGAAGAAAAAGUGGAUCCCGAUGAGUAUAAGAUGUUCGACCAAGGAAUCGAUAGCGAACCAGUGGAGGUGGAUGGAAACGAAGUCGAAAUCGAUGUUCGAGGAGUUAAAUACAAAGUAGCUUAUUCACCCGCUGUUUGCGUUUCCGUUCUCAAUGCAUUUCAGAUUCCAUACGCGAUUGAGUGUCAUCUUUGCAAUGAAAUGAUGAACCUGUGCUUGAGAAGAACUCGUUAUCGCGGAGAACAACGAGAGUAUCCGGCAUAUCGCUGUAAUCGAAAGGGCUGCCAAACAUUCCGAUCGAUUCGGAAAGUUUUCAGCAACUGUACUUCCAGCAAAGGAAGUGAUGGAAAAGAAGCUCCCUACAUGGUUUAUGACCCGUCUAUGGAAUCUCCACGGCGCGAAGCAAAGCCUCCGCCUCGCGGAGAGUUUUCUGAAGAUGAUGACGAAGAAUUUGUUGUUCAACGCGUUUACCUUCCGAAACCAGAUGAGCGGAACGCUGAUCAAAGACCACUCUCGGUGAUGGAUAGAAUGAGAAAGGCGAAUCAGCGUCGUGCAACUGUUUUUUCGGAGUUCGCUGAUCAACUUCGUCGCGACAUUGCCGCAAAUAAACGCAUUAGAGUUCGCAAGCAGCCACCAGAAGAGGAUGAGCAACAAGGUACCUUGUUCUAUAUUAGUAAGGAGCUCAGUCCACAAGAAAUCAUUGAGCUUCAGGAUGCUGUCAUCAAAACUUUGAUAUCUCUCAGAAAAAUUCCACCGCCCAUGUCGAUGUACGAUCUUCCAGUUUUUGCAAACUGUCCCUAUUCUAAGAACAUACUUGAACGUGGAUUGGCAACUUCUCAAGCCGAUUUUUGGAACGCGUUCACCGAUUCAUCACAACCACCUCUUCCGGACGGAUUCACAAGAAGAAAGGAUGACACCCUACUCUAUAGAGAUCCUAAACCGUAUAGGGUUCCGGAUAUACUCCAAGAAAAUUCUCCUCGAAAACAAGCUGAUGAUGUGGUUAACUAUCAGAAGCGGAAAGUGGAACAAGAUGCUAGAAGAAUGGAGAGGAGACACGUGGAGAAAAGAUAUCGAUCGUGGGCUUCUCUGAAGAGAGAGUUUGACAUGGCUGAGACCGAUGACCGUCUAGCGUCAAAGUCUUCGAAAACAGACAACGAUGGAACCGCCGCCGUUAACAGUUCAACGUUUCAACGACAACCUCGCCCUGUCACAUUCCAACAAAUUGUGCACAAAAUAAAUGGGUCAUCCACUGGUCAAUUGACUUGUAGAAUCCGCGCCAGCGAUUCCGAACAGAAUGGCGAUUCUUUGCAGUGGAUCGAUGUUAAAACACCAAUGAAAAACGGCCAACGCGAUCAAACGAAAAAGUCUCAAGAUUAUGAAAACAAUGAGCUUGAGGAUGACGUUUUCGAAAGUAGUCAAACAUUCAAAGAGUCACCUUCGAUGCCAAGCUCGUCCAGUUCGAUGCGUCAAUCAACGUCUCCGCAGAUGAAGUCGUUCUUUUCUCUUGAUAACGGAAUUCUGAAGAAUUCUUCGAGUCCUCAACUAUUCUUUCCGGAUGGUCCGUUCUUGAACAACAAUUUUCAUAGUUCGUCAUUAUAUCCUUUUCUGCCGCCAUAUGCAAUGCCUCCAACAAUGGAAUCUAGUAUGCUUUAUAAUGGUUCCGACGAACCAUACCCGUGUGUUGGAGCAUCUGAAACUGUUCGUGGGGAUUCUCUUGGUGUUCCGUUUACCUACGUUCACCCAGUUUCUGGAAUACGUCUGACCGACCCAUCCGCAUAUUUGAAUUCAUUUGUUCCAUCUCCAAUCACAAAACUUGCACCGAUGAGUUUCAGUGAUGAGACCUCAAGACCACGGCGUUCUUCAGAGCCCACCACUCCUUCUUUGUACAAUUUGGACGACUUCAAUCUCGCUGAUGAAAAAAAUGUCUGCAUGGAAGAGAGCAAAAAGAUGAUGGACAGCUUCAUGAAGUUCGAUCCCCCGGAGUAA